AUGGCUAAAGAUGGCAAGCAACCCGAUAAAUCCGGUUCUAGUGGAACAAGAAACAACGGUUUUAUCACUGAGCGCGAGGUUGGCGGCGAGCGUCGUUCGAUCCGCAUUUACCACGAUGGUCGAGUAUCGCAGCGCGAGGGCCCCGCUGGUCCUAUUCGAGCACCAACCAGCGGCACUGGAGCUGCCCCUAGCACUGAGACUGUCCGCAAGACUACGACUAUUCCCAGGUUCGAGGAACUUAAAUGCGAUCCCGAAACUGCCACUGAGAUUGUUCAGUACUGCAGUGAGCUUGACGAGAUCCUAUCACAGCUUCCUCCAGAGUACCAUGAGAAGGAUACUAACACUCCCUCAAAGCAGUGGGAGCAGAUGGGUGGAAAGGACCGCACUGGAGAUUCAGACAUUCACGACUAG